UAUAUUAAAAUUUUGAAAUUUGUUGUGUAUAUCUUCUUUUACCUAAUACUCAUGCAAGUAUUGCAACACGAUUGGAGAAUACUAUCUUCAUUAUAUCAACAAUUAUUAUUAUAUGUUUGAUUUUGAUGUUUCGAAAUAUAUUAUUAAAGUUUUUGUGCCUUUUUUACAUUUUCUCUUUCGAUAUAAAUUAAAUUGUAAGUCUUUAUGUAAUUCUUUAAAAAAUUUGAAGACUCAAUAAUUCCUGACUGUUAGCUAGAGAUCUUAAUAAUUAAAAUUCUUUUUCCAAAUUGUAUGGAUGAAUUAUUGAUGCCUUUUAAAACACUUACGCUUUUAAAUUAAGAAAUAUUGUUCUCAAUGUGAGUUCAGAAAGCAAAAAGUUUUCUAUUGUACAAGAAAGUUAUAUCGCUACUCAGUAAAGAUAAUUAUUUCUCUUAUAAUCAAGAGAGGAGUUUGACUUUUUUUUUUUAAUUGAAAACACAUGUCAUGACUAGUGACAAAAUUUUCUCUAUAAAAUUCAACAUGUUUGAUUAAGUCAAUACCAAACUUUGAUUCUCAUAGAAUUUUAAAAUUAUGAUUAUCUCAUGCACUAUGGGCUUCAUUCAACUUUCAGAGAGAAAUAGACAUUGUUGUCUCUAUUGUAACUGAUAUUUUGAUCAAGUCAAAGGAUGUAGCAAUACAUGAAACUUCUUAUUCUUUUCGCUUCAACAAGUAUGUUGAAGAGCUUAGAGAAAAAAAACAAAAUUUGCAAUUGAAAAUAGAAGGUGUUCUUGAUCGUGCUAAACUUGCAAAGGAGAAAGUAGAGAAGGUUGUUAGUGAUGUUGAGACAUGGUUGUACGAAGCUGACUGUCUAAUGGCAAAAGUGGUGGAGCUACAAGAAAAAAUAGUUAACAAAAAUAAUACAUCUUGUUUUAAGCACUGCCCUAACUUGAUUAGGCGCUAUUGUAUAGUAAAGCAGCUUGAAGAAAAGAUCAAUGAAAUUAUAGAGCAUUACAAAAUUGAAUUCCUAGAGUUUUCUCGACUUGCCAUACUUGUGGGCAUGAACUACUUUUCAUCUGAAGGUUUCAUACGCUUUGAGAGUAGGCAGGUGGCUUAUGAUGAACUUAUAAAAGCAUUGAAGGAUGAUCAGGUUAGUAUGAUUGGAUUGUAUGGCAUGAGUGGAUGUGGGAAAACUACCUUGGUGAAAGAAGUAGGUAAAGAAGCAGAACAGUUUUUCAAAAAAGUUAUCUUUGUUGUUGUGUCUAAUACCAUUGAAGUAAAAAAAAUUCAAGAAAAUAUAGCAAGCCAACUUGGCAAUUUUGAAUUCGAAGAGCAAGAAGAACCAGAGAGGGCCAGACGAUUAUCCAUGAGAUUGGGGAGUGGCGAAAGGUUCCUGAUUAUUUUGGAUGAUGUAUGGGAGAAGCUUGAUUUUGAGGACAUAGGGAUUCCUCUUGUAGAAAAUAAAGAAAGUUAUUGCAUUGUGCUUAUAACUACACAAAAAGUUCGAGUAUGUGAGUUGAUAAAUUGCAAAAGAACAAUUCCCUUGAAGGAAUUAGAUGAAGUUGAAGCAUGGGAGCUCUUUAAAAAGUAUUCAAGGACAUUUGGUGAUGACACUAAUAGUCCCUUGAAGUGAUUAGCACAAGAAAUUACUAAAGAAUGUGGUGGUUUACCUAUUGCUAUUGCUGCUGUAGCCAGUACUUUGAAAGGAAAACCUUACUAUGAGUGGGAGGAAGCAUUGAGAACACUAAAAGAUUCAAGUCUUCUUGAUAUUGAAGAGGGAUUAAGAAAUCCUUACUCAUGUCUUUGGUUAAGUUAUGAAAAUCUAAAAGAUGAAGUAGCCAAGUCAGUCUUCUUGUUGUGCUCUGUAUUUCCUGAAGAUUAUGAAAUUCCAAUAGAGAAAUUAACCAUAUUUGGAGUAGGGCUUGGUCUUGUAUUGGAAGAAGUUGACUCUUAUCAAAGGGCAAGAAACAAAGUAACCAUUAUGGGCAAAAAUAGGCUCAUAGAUUCUUGUUUGUUGCUACAAGUUGAUGAUAGAAAUAGUCACGUCAAAAUGCAUGAUUUGGUUCGUGAUGUAGCCCUAUGGAUUUUAAAGAAGGAGGUUAAAUUGAUUAUUAGGAAAAACAAAAGGCAAAAAGCAUUGAAGCAAGAUAUGAUUUUGAAGGAUGAUAUUGUAAGAUAUUUAUGGUUUGAUGAUAUGGUGUCAUUUUCUCAUAAGUUGGAUUGCCCUAAACUUGAGCUUCUUUGUAUUUGCAUAAAAGAAAACUAUGAUAUUGAUUUAACAAAUUCUUUUCUCAAAUGUAUGGAGAAGCUUCGAGUUUUGAUUCUUGAAUGUAAACUACUCUCAUGGAAAAAAAAAAAAAAAUCCUACAAUUCUCAGAGUCAGUCCAUUUGAUAAAUAAUCUUAUUUGCCUAUUCUUAGAUAAUUGGUUGUUAGAAGACAUCUCUUUCAUUGAAAGCCUCAAUAGACUUGAGUCUCUUACAUUAUGGAAUUGUUCUUUCAAUGAAUUUCCCAAAUGCAUUAUAGAAUAGGAGAACAUGAGAUUAUUAGAUAUUUGGAGAUGUAAAAUUCAAAAAAAUCCUUAUGAAGUGAGUGGAACGUGCUCCCAAUUGGAAGUAUUGUAUUUUUGUGAAAAUAAAGGGGUUUGGCUGGACCAAGGUAAGAAUAUUAGUGAUUUCAUCAAUAAAUUUACACCAAAAUUAGAUAGCUAUUGUAUAGAUUUUGGAAGAAAUACUUUCAAUCAACAAGAGUUUCCCAUUAUAAGAAUUUUACAUGUUGAUGAUUUUGAAACUUGCAUAUCAAAUGAAACAAUUAAGGAUAUGAUGCAAAGAGCAGAGGUUCUUUCCAUAGGGAGAAUCACAAGUUGUAAAUAUAUAUUCCCUGAUGUAUUUCAAAUAAUGGGAGGGGAUAUGGAUGCUUUGGUUGAACUUUCAUUCCUUUUCUCGGAGGAGAUGGAGUACAUGAUAAACCCUACAAGUCAUUUGGGUGAAGUUGGAAUUAUCUCCAAAUUGACUCAUCUAACUAUAAAAGGGAUGAAGCAUUUGAAGUCCUUGUGUCAUGGUCAGCUUCCUUUAAGCCUUUUUGUAAAAUUAGAGGUACUAAAAAUAGAAAAUUAUGAUUCACUUGGGCAUACAAUAGCAGAAAAAGGGGAGGAGAUAGUUGCAUAUGAUAGCAAACAUCAAAAGAGCUAUAGAUCUAUAUUCCCAAAUUUGAAAAGACUAAGCAUAGAUGGGUGCCUUCAACUAGAAUACUUAAUGCCUGUCUCUUUUGCUCAAAGCCUUGCAAAAUUGGAAGAUUUACAAAUAAGUAAUGCUCCCAAACUACAAAGUGUGUUUGGCCCAUCCAUUUAUGAAGAUCCAAACCCAAACGAAUUUCAAAUCAUCCAGCUUUCAUCUUUGAGAAACCUGACUCUACGAGCCUCGUCAAGUAUCAUUAGCAUUUGUCCAAAAAAUUAUCAUCUAGCAUGCCCAUCUUUGAAAGAUAUAUGGUUAGAGGACUGCCAUCAAUUAAAUUUCAUGUCCAUGAAUCAUUGGAUUGCUAGAUACAGAUUGAGUCAAAUGCAUGAUCAGAUAGCAUCAGAGGAAUUGGAAGAAAUAAUUAGAGGUGAAGAAGAAGAAACUCAAAGUGUGCUGAACCCUCACUAACCUGCUGUCUUCCCAAAUCUCACUACAAUCACAAUUUCUUAUUGUGAGAAGUUGAAAUGUGUAUUCCUUGUCUCUACAUGCCAUGUGCUUCCACAUUUGGAAGAUAUUACCAUAUGAAAGCAGGGAAUUAGAGGCAAUCAUAAAAAAAAUCAAAAUGUUGUGAACCCUCGACAACCUGCUAUCUUCCCAAGUCUCAUCAGAAUCUGCAUUGAAGAUUGUCAUAAUUGAAAUGUGUAUUCCCUGUGCCAGCAUGUGAGAUGCUUCCCAAACUAAGGGGAAUGUUGAUACCAAAAGCAUCAGAGCUAGAGAGAGUAUUGGGGGAUGAAGAAGCAGAGGCAAUGCCUAUAAAAGAAACUCUCAUUCCUAAUAUGAAGGUUGCAAUACUUCUUCAACUGCCAAAACUCACUGCACACAGCCUCAACAUUCAUAAUCUCCAAAGUGUGAGAUACCUUGUUGUAGAUCAGUGUCCACAACUCUCUGCUGCUCUCAGUCCCACUAUAGCUCCUCUGGACUUGCUGCAAUUAUUAGAAAAUGAUCCAGAUUAUGAAGGUUUUGAUUGGCAGUGGGGUGCAUUGUUGAGAACAAUGAGAAUGGAUGUUGAGGACAAUGAGCAAGAAUUGACCCCUAUUGCUUCACCAAAUUUGACACAGGGUGUUGAAGAGCCCAAAGAACAAUGUAGUGCUGGUGGUGAUGCAAACAUAUCAGAGCAAAAGUGCAUUGAAGAGUUUGAAAAACAAAGUUCUGAUGAUGACUUACACUUGGCAGAACAAAAGGAAACAGUAACUCUACCAAUGAGUGUUGAAGAAUAUGAAAAACAGAGUUUUGAUGAUGACACUAACAUAGCAGAGAAAAAGAGAAAAGAAAGUAUUGUUGAUGAAAGUUCUACACCUAAAAAUGCUGCAAUAAUUGCACAUGAAUCUUAUCUAGACCCAAUAAUCUCACUCCAGGGCUCUUUAGUUUCUUCUCUACCUAAACCACUUUGCGAGAAUGUUAAAGAGUCCAAAGAUCAAAGUGAUGAUCAUGAGAUAGACAUACCAAAGCAAAAGGGUGUUAAGGGAAGUUCUAUAUUAGAAAAAGCUACAAUAACUACACCAACAAUGCAGUUGGACCCAUCAAGCUCACUCCAAGGCUCCUUAGUUUCUUCUCUACCUAAAGCACUUCCACAAAAUGUUAAAGGGAGAUUUGACAGUCCUACACCUGAAAAUGCUAAGGAAGGUUCUUCAUCAACUAAUUCUGAACAGAUAAGCUUAGUCCAAAGUUCAUUGAAGCCAAUCAAGGUCAACCAAACAGAGGUAGAUGUUGAAGUUGUGGUAAAGGCCUUUGCAGACUUGAAAGUUUGUCUAAAAAUUCCUCUUAAGGAUAUAGCAACUUCAGAAUCCAACAGCCUUCACCUUCUUAUUGCUCUCAAUUUCUUGUCUCGCCUUUCCUUUGAAGAUGGAACUUUAUCUCAUGAACUUAAAGCUACUAUUCAAUCUUUGCUCCAAGACUUUCCAAGCAUUUUAUGUUCUUUCAAGUCAGCCUUUGCUACCAUCAACAAGUUUCCCAAGAAUGAAACUCAAGAGAAGGAGUUCACUAAGCUGAAGGAGAAAAUGACAGUACUAGAGAAGGAGAAACAAGAUUGUGAGGUUAAGAUAUCAUCUCUUCAAGACAAAAAGAAGAAUUGUGUUGCAGAAAUAAUAGAGCUCGAGAAUGAGUUUGAUAAUGUAACCAAGGAAAAGAAUGAAAUGAUGGAACAUCAGAGAAAAGCUCGGCAACAAUUAUUUGAGGCAGAUUAUAAAUGGUCAAUCUUAUGUAGCCAAUUUCAACUAAACAAAAUUGUUGCUAGAAACCACUUUUAGUAUUUUAUAUUGGAGUAUUUAAUUUAAAAAGUUUACUAUUUUAUUUUAUCUUCUUUGAUCUUUUACUUUUAUUGUUAUAUGCAAAAUGUUUAACUUUUGUUUUUAGGAAUUAUGUUGGUGUGUCAUAGUUGUGCCAUUUAUGUAUGUGGAUCCAAGGUCUUAGUUGCAAGUAUUUGUUUUAUUUCUUUUUCUUCUCUUUUUUUUAUUAAUUUUAUUUAAGUUGUUGAUGUAACCACGGCAUUCCUCCACCAUAAGCGAGGGUUUACUAAUAAAAUUUGGAGGUGCCGUCCUCUUUUUUU